AUCAAAACCUAAGAUUCACAGUCGAGAGCUUUCAUGUAUUUCAAUGAAGAAAAAGCGAAACGAAUUGGAGAGCGGUUUGAAGGAGGAAAACUGGCGAAAAAGGUUCAUAAAAGUAUUGAACAACUGAAAAGACACGAUCCAGAUGUGCAGAUUUCCACAGAGCCGACUAAAUAUCUUCUCGUCAGCAAUAGCAGUAUCCUCUGUGGAGUAUCCCUUGAAGAACUCGAAGAGAUUUUUCUACCACUUGACGAGCUCGCCGAGUUCAUUGUCUACCCGAAUAAACGGUCAUAUUCAUUUGUGCAAUGCUCUUCGAUUGAAAAAUCCAUUCAAGUUCGUACGGAAUUGCAUGGUCUUAUUCCACCGUCACUUAAGAAUUCUCAUCAGCCAUUUGCUAUUUCUUAUGUCGAAAAUUUGCCGGAAGCGACAAAAUGCGAAGAUUUUCGGCCGGCCAACUUGAAAAUAAUUGAGGAAUAUGUUUCAAGCGAUUUGGAGAAAGAACUCGUAGAUCUUGUGACAAAUCAUCCGAGUGUCCAAUCUCUCAAACAUCGAGCCGUCGUUCACUUCGGACAUGUCUUUGACUACAGUACAAAUUCUGCAUCAGAAUGGAAAGAGGCAGAUCCAAUUCCUCCAGUUAUCAAUUCACUAAUUGAUCGGCUGAUUUCUGAUAAAUAUAUCACAGAACGUCCAGAUCAAGUGACUGCAAAUGUCUAUGAGUCAGGACAUGGAAUUCCUUCACAUUAUGACACACAUUCAGCAUUUGAUGAUCCAAUUGUUUCUAUUAGUCUCCUCUCCGAUGUAGUAAUGGAAUUCAAAGACGGAGCCAACUCGGCUCGAAUUGCUCCAGUCCUUCUAAAAGCUAGAUCACUGUGUCUAAUCCAAGGAGAGUCCCGAUACAGAUGGAAGCACGGAAUUGUCAAUCGGAAGUAUGAUGUUGAUCCACGAACGAAUCGAGUUGUUCCACGACAAACUAGAGUGUCACUGACGCUUCGGAAGAUUCGACGAAAACCUUGCGAGUGCGAGUGGAAAGAGUUUUGCGAUUGGGAUAGGAAAGGUGAAAUGAGUGUUCCAUCAAAUGAAGAUUUGGCAUUAAAACUGGAAAAUUCGUACGUUUCGGAUGUCUACGAGAAUAUUGCUUCCCAUUUCGACGAGACGAGACAUUCAAGUUGGAAAGCUGUGAAACAGUUCAUCAAUGAAAUUCCACGUGGAAGUGUGAUGUAUGACGUUGGGUGUGGAAAUGGCAAAUAUUUGAUUCCAAAAGACGGACUACUAAAGAUCGGAUGUGAUAUGUGCAUGGGACUUUGCGAUAUUGCUCGGAAAAAGGAUUGCCACGUGGCUCGCUGUGAUGCUCUAGCACUCCCGUUCCGUUAUGAAUCAGCUGACGCGGCGAUUUCUAUUGCUGUACUCCAUCAUAUUGCAACUUUUGAAAGAAGAAAACGACUUAUUGAGGAGCUCCUGAGAGUUGUAAAGCCUGGAAGUAAGAUCUGUGUUACCGUGUGGUCUAUGGAUCAGAGUCAAUCGGAGUAUGCGAAGAUGCGUGGCAAUAAGGAUGACGUGGCGGCGGCUCCAGCGGUGUCGUCAGAAGAGACGCAGACAACGAACAGACUGAAAGUUCAUGAUGGGAAGGAUUUUGAGCAGCAGGAUGUGUUAGUUCCAUGGACAAUUGAUCAGAAAGGAGAGACAUUUCUCCGGUAUUAUCAUGUGUUUCGAGAAGGAGAAGCUGAGAAAUUGAUUGAAAGUGUGCAGGGUUGCAAGCUGAUCAGUGUUGAGAAGGAGCAGGGAAAUUAUAUUAUUAUUGCGAAGAAAAUUUGAUUUUUUUAAAGUUUUUUCUAUUGGAAGUGGAAAACCUCUGCCACGGCCACGCAUAUACGCAGUUCGUGUACUCCUCGAGGAGAAAGAUCUCUAACUUUUUGCAUUUGACAUUCAAUUUUGCCAUUUUUCUCAUUGUUAAAUAGAAGAAAAUUGUAUGUUUUCUAAUCCUUUUUUUUUGAUUUUUCGCUUAAAACCCCGAUUUUAAAAAAAUUAAAAAUCUCAAACCUUCUACAAAAUCUUGUUUGUUUGAAGCAUAGAAAACACUAUAAAUAUGAGUGGAACCGGCGAUUUGAAGUCCAAAUACGAUACGAAUCAGGGAAAGUGGAUUCACACUUCUCCUCGAGGAGUACACGAACUGUGUAAAUCGACACAUGGUCGUGGUAGAUGUUUUACACAGUCAUUCUUCCAUGUUGUUGUUUUUUCGAUUGUUUUGGCAUUUAUUGUUUUCUAAUGAAUUAAUUUUUUAC